AUGGAUGCUGCUACGCCAGCCACGCAGGCACCAGACCCUGCGAUUCUUCACACUGAAUCCAAGAAAACGCGACGCUUGAUUAUCGCCUCGUAUUGGAUAGUGAUUUUACUUGCUAUACCGCUAUGGUGGUCGACAACCAGCAUCGAGCGACAGUCGCUGCCUACUGCCAACGUCCUGGCCCAACAAGAAAGAGAGCUAGUAUUCCCUGUGCGCGUUCAUCUGGACACGUCGAGAUAUGGCGGCGUAGAGAAUACCAUCCUCGUACAGGAGGUACAGCGUCAAUUGGAUAGCAACCGGGACUUGAGCGAGGCCCAGGAGAUGCGGGUGCAGAUUCUAUCUGAGCCUUCGAAUGGCGAUACGUACCAGGUCUCGCUCAGUCGUGGCGCCCGUGAGCCAGCGGUUCAAGGUCGACAGCUUUCGCUUGAUGUACAGACAGAUGACCAGAGCUCACCUACCGUACUGGCAAUGCAACUGGCUGACACGAUCGUAACUCUACUCGCGCCGUACACUGCUGCACGGGGUUCUCAGACGGAACGUGUUGUUAAGUACGCACCGCGGUACCGGCUCGCCUUCACCUUGCUAAAUGAAGACUCGGCGUCUGGCAACGCUGCAUUGACAUGGGAUAUUCGUGCAUCUCUCUCCAAACAUAUCGCGCCUCUUCUAGAGCGACUUUCCGUUCUGCACAAUUUCACUGUGGAAAGCCAGGUGCAAUAUCACGCGCCGUUGGCAUUUGACCCUCAAAUAGUGUACUCGCAAGACAGGACCGAAUAUGGCCUGACUCAGGAAGAUCUCACUGUCUUUGUCAACUCAGCAGAAUGGACGCUUUCGUCGAGUGUCUCUAAUGACCCCGUGCUCCACUUUGUGCUGUUCAUACCCUCUCAACAGCACAGCCCCCUCCACAUCCUCGACGAAAGAGGGCAUUCCAUUGCUUCCACAGCCUUUGUUCUCCCACAGUGGGGCGGCAUAGUCAUUCUCAAUCGCCCCUCACCGAUUGUUUCGCGCCAUUUGGCAGCGUCGGUUCUGGAUGCAGCAUUCGUAACGUUCCGUUACCAGCUCAAGGCGCUACUUGGUGUUCCUGCUCUCCCUUCGCACGUCCAUCUGGCCGACGCGAGUUUUGAUGGUGCAGGAAUCACGGAUUGGCAGCUGGACGCAUUACUCCGACGCCGCGCUGUGGAAAAUGUCGUCGGCACGCAGGAAACGCUACAGAGCAUUGUGCGGCUCGUCGACCAAAUCGAGGGUAUGCCUGUGGGUCUCGACGUGAAGAGCGACGUUCUCGGCGCGUUGAACGCGCUUGAAAAGGUAUAUGCUGCGGCAUCAGCGUCGUCUGCACGCGCAGCCCAGUCCGCAGGGGCAGCCUUCUCACUAGCGUCGCGCGCCUUCUUCAACCCUGGGAUGCUCGCACUCUUGUAUUUCCCCCCGGAGCACAAGUAUGCUGUCUACGCGCCGCUCUUUGCUUCCAGCGCUGCACCGCUUCUCGCUGCCAUUCUCAGAGAGGUUUUGGCUUGGAGACGCGCGCGUAAAGCGAGGAAUCGUGGCGAGCAUCAGGCGGACACAACGGGCAGGCAGAAAGUAGAGUGA